AUGUCGGCCAUCGAGCUGAUCAACCCAAGAGCCGAGUCCGUUCGUCGGACUCAGGCUCUUCAAGUCAAUACUGCCGGUGCUAUCGGUCUCGCACAAGUCGUUCGUUCUAACCUUGGACCUCGUGGUACCAUCAAGAUGCUCGUCGAUGGUUCCGGCAACCUUAAAAUGACAAAGGACGGCAAGGUCCUUCUCACCGAAAUGCAAAUCCAAAACCCUACCGCCGCCAUGAUCGCACGUACCGCCGUAGCACAGGAUGAACAGUGUGGUGAUGGUACCACCUCUGUCGUUCUUCUUGUCGGUGAGUUGCUCAAGCAGGCUGAGCGAUACAUUCAGGAAGGUGUUCACCCUCGUGUCAUCAGCGAAGGUUUUGAUGUUGCCAAGACCGGUGCGCUCAAGUUCCUUGAACAGUUCAAGAAGAGCCCCGAGAUGGACCGUGCCACGCUCGUUAAGGUCGCCACUACUUCGCUCUCCACCAAGCUUCACACAAAGCUCGCUACGCAACUUGCUGCUGACAUCGUCGAUGCUGUUCUCGCCAUCAAGCCCACUACUACUUCCACCAUAGAGGCGCCAGCACCCACCGCAGACGGCAGCAGCGAGAGUGUCUCCGAGUGGAACAUCAAGGACCCUAUCGACUUGCACAUGGUCGAAAUCAUGAAGAUGCAGCACAAGACCGAAACCGAUACCCAACUCGUUCGUGGUCUCGUCCUCGAUCACGGCGCUCGUCACGCCGAUAUGCCCAAACGUCUCGAAAACGCCUACGUCCUCACUCUCAACGUUUCGCUCGAAUACGAAAAGACCGAAGUCAACUCUGGCUUCUUCUACUCUUCCGCCGAACAGCGUGAAAAGCUCGUCGAGAGCGAACGUCGUUUUGUCGAUGCCAAGCUCAAGAAGAUUGUCGAGCUCAAACAGGCCGUUUGCGAUGCACCUACCGAAGGCAGCAACGAGAAGAAGAAGAACUUUGUCAUUUUCAACCAAAAAGGUAUCGACCCUAUGUCGCUCGACAUUCUUGCCAAGAAUGGCAUCCUUGCAUUGCGACGUGCAAAGAGGAGGAACAUGGAGAGGCUACAGUUGUGCUGUGGAGGUGUAGCUCAGAACUCGGUGGAUGAUUUGAGCCCGGAUGUUCUUGGUUAUGCCGGGUUGGUCUACGAGCACACGUUGGGUGAGGAGAAGUACACCUUUGUCGAGGAAUGCAAGGACCCCAAAUCGGUGACGAUCUUGAUUAAGGGUCCUAACGCCCAUACGAUGUCGCAGAUUCAGGAUGCUGUUCGUGACGGUCUUCGAUCAGUCAAGAAUGCCAUUGAAGAUACAACGCUGAUUGCUGGUGGAGGUGCUUUUGAGAUUUCGGCAAGCAACUAUUUGACUUCAGAGGUGAAGAAGUCGGCUAAGGGUAGGGCUAAGUUGGGUGUGCAAGCUUUCGCAGAUGCCAUGUUGGUGAUUCCCAAGACGCUGGCUAGCAAUUCGGGCUUUGAUGUCCAGGAUUGCAUUGUGGCGCUUCAGGAGGAGGCCAGUGAGGGGAACGUGGUCGGGUUGGAUGUGCAGACUGGUGAACCGAUGGAUCCGAUCAGUCAGGGUAUCUGGGAUAACUACAGGGUUAAGCGUCAUAUGCUUCAUAGCUCGGCGGUUAUCGCUUCGAAUCUGCUCAGUGUCGACGAGAUCUUGAGGGCCGGAAGGAGCAGUCUUAAGAGCGAGGCUCCUAUGGGUUAG